AUGUUGAAGGACACGGUCGGGCCGUUUGCUGCUGACGACUCUCGGAUGUCGCUGGAAAAGAAGCUGGCCUCGCUGAGCUUUAAGACCCUGGAGGACAAUGCAUCCGGGGAGACAAGCGCUACGGAACAAGAGAAGGGAGGCAUUGGUGGUAAAGACGCGCCGCCUGCGGAAUCCCGUGUGGAUCCUGAGGAAGAAGAAGAAGAGGACGAGAUACCGGAUGAUGGUUAUUUGAGUGAUGACCCAGAGGAGAGGCUGGAUCCGGUCCGUGCUGGGGAGAUUGCGGCUCUGGCUGGCUACACACUUACCCUGCUGAUCCCGGUGGAGUUUGACAAGGAAGUCCCGCGCACGAUGGACACAAUGGCGGAGUUGCUGGUUGUCUGGAAGAAGGCGCUGUCCCCGCACGCGCAGAAGACAACGAAGAUGCAGACCUUGCUGCCAGCCUACCUGUCGAAGAAGCGCUUCGGGAGGAUGCAGGUUACCUUUCACGAAGCUGCGGAUGCGAACUACGUCUGGUGCAGGCGAGUGGAGCACAUUUGCGCGGACGGGAAAACUAAGUUGGUGCUGAGCUGGCAGCACUCGGAGAACCCGCUUUAUAUCAAGGAGCGCGCGCAGAACCCGGGGGCAGUUGAAGUCCUGCUGAAGGAAGUUCCAGCGGAAAUCUCGCCGGAUAUGAUUUACAAGUUCUUGGUUACCACGCCGCUGGAGAAGCGAGGUGACACGCAUAAGAUAAAGGGGUUGGUGAAAGUCCACCAGGGGGAUAAGUAUCGAUCUGGAACGCUGACAGCCGACUCCCACCCUCCGUGA